AUGGGCACCGUGGAGCCCUUCACCUUUGCCAGCUCCGCCGAUCUGCGCAUUCCCGUCGCAGUCAAGGUGAACCGCCUGGAAGGACAUGAGAAGCCCGUUCCAUACUCUACCCUCCUUCGACGACCCGAUCUUCGCCACCGCGGCAGCAAUCUCAGCCCUCACUCCGAACUAUACAUCAACGUCCAGCCCUUUGCAGACUCCAAACCUCUCACCGUCCACGCCCAAACCCCCCACAAGCACUUCAAGACUGCGCGCAUCUGGAAUCAAUGGCUCUCCCUCCCCCUCGACUACAACACCAUCCCGGCCAACACCCAACUCGCCAUCACCAUCUGGGACCUCUCCCCCAUCAACCCUAACGGUGGCGACCGAAAUCAUCACAUUCCAUUUGGCGGCACAACCAUCCCGCUGUUCGACGAUGACGCCACACUGCGAACGGGCAGACAAAAGUGUAGAAUUUGGAGGCACAAAGCUGCCGAUGGCUUCUCAAACACAGCCACACCAUGGCGAGAACCUCGACUACGGGGCCGGCAGAGCGUUCAAACGGACGAGAAGCAGCACGAAAGGGAUGCCGAGCUUGAGCGUCUGGUCGGAUUGAUGAAGAAGCACGAAAUGGGAGAGAUUUCAGAGAACAAAUGGCUCGACCAACUAGUCUUUCGACAGAUUGAAAAGCUGGAGCGCCAGCAAGUGAAGCAAUCUUUUCGCCCUCGAUCUCUCUCGCAAUCCUCCAUCGACGAGGACCCUCCCUCUCCAGCCUGCGCAGAAGGUGAUCCCGAUCACACCGACGGCAGCUUCUUCCUCUACAUCGAACUUCCCCGCUUUGACCACCCCGUCGUAUUCACCGACCACGAAUACCCACCUCCUCCAAUCUCCGCCAUCCUCCCUGCGCACUUCCCCGCAAGCAAUACCGUUAACUUCAAGCCACCUCCAGAAGUCCAACUCGGCCCCGGCAUACGGCCGAAUGCGAACGGCGCCAGUGAUACCGACGGUGGUGCAGACUUGAUUCGCAUCUACGACCCCGAAAUCGGAUAUGCCGACAACCUUGCAGAGACGAAACAUCGCCGGCUGAUUCGUGGCCAACGCAAUGCACUCGAUCGAGAUCUCAAACCGAACCCCAAAAUGCGCGACUUCCUCAACCGCAUCAUGUCGUAUGGCCCCACGGUCGAGCUCAGCGACAAGGAAAAGGACGAAGUUUGGCGAUUCCGCCACCAUCUCACGCGCGAGAAACGAGCAUUGACAAAGUUGGUGAAAUCAGUCAAUUGGAAUGAGCCGGCAGAGGCCCGACAGGCCAUCUCAUUACUACCCAAAUGGGCAGAAAUCAACAUCGACGACGCUCUUGAACUCUUGGGCCCGGGAGUCCGAAACCCCACCGUCCGAGCCUAUGCUGUUGACCGCUUGCGGAAAGCGGACGAUGACGAGCUGCUGAUGUAUCUCCUUCAGCUUGUGCAAGCACUCAAAUUUGAAGCACACCCCUCCAAAGAGGCAGAAGUGGUAGUAGACGACUCAUCCCUGGCAUCCUUCCUCAUCGCCCGCUCGGCUGCCAACUUCAAGCUCGGAAACUUCCUUCACUGGUACUUGAUGGUGGAGCUAGACGACGAUACCGCCACGCAAAUGGCCAAGAACAGCAAAAAACUCUUUGCGCGCGUCAGCUACGACUUCAUGAUGGAGCUCGAGUCCACUCCAGAAGGCCACAUCACCCGCCAGGCCUUGCGCAGACAGGGCGAGUUCAUCACAAUCCUGACCAAGUUCAGCAAAGAGAUCCAGAAUUCCCGCGCCGAUCGACCAAAGAAGAUUGAUAUGCUGAAGAAGAUGCUCGCCGAUCCGAAGAAUGAUAUGCUCGCCUUCGACCCACCUCUGCCACUGCCUCUCGACCCAGCGGUAAAAAUUACCGGCGUGGUUCCAGACGACUCCAGCGUGUUCAAGAGCUCAUUAUUCCCGCUCUACGUCAACCUCAAGACGGACACGGGCACGUUGUACCCUCUCAUGUUCAAGACGGGCGACGAUCUUCGCCAGGAUCAACUGGUCGUGCAAAUUAUUGCACUGAUGGACCGAUUACUUCUGCAAGAAAACCUGGACCUCAACCUCACGCCUUAUCGCAUCCUGGCGACUUCCGCCCUGGCCGGCGCCAUCCAAUUCAUCCCCAACACCCCCGUCUCGAACAUUCUCGGCAAUGCAAAGUUCAAGAGCUCCAUCCUGGGCUACCUCCGCUUCCACAAUCCCGCUGCGGCCGGCACUCCAAGCAUCCUGGGAGUUCGCAAAGAAGCCAUGGAUACGUAUGUGAAAUCAGUCGCGGGCUACUGCGUCAUCACCUAUCUACUAGGCGUUGGUGAUCGACAUCUGGACAAUCUGUGCCUCGCUCCAGACGGUCGCUUCUUUCACAUCGAUUUUGGCUACAUUCUCGGCCGCGAUCCCAAGCCAAUGGCACCACUGAUGAAGCUUUCGCGGGAAAUGAUUGAAGGAAUGGGCGGAUCUGCACCCGGGAAUGAAAGCCAAUUCGAUGCCUUUCGACAGUACUGCUUCACGGCCUACACGACAUUACGCAGGAAUUCCAGCCUGAUCUUGAACCUGUUCGCCUUGAUGCAGGACGCAAACAUCCCGGGCCUCAACUUCUUUGGUGGCGAUCAGGCGGUCCGAAAGGUGGAAGAGAGAUUCAAGCUGGAUGGGACGGAAGAAGAGGCGCUCAGCUUCUUUGCGCAGUUGAUUGAGCGGGAGAUGGGCGCAUGGGGCCCGGUGCUGAUUGACAAGCUACAUGGAUUUGCCCAAGGGUGGAGAGCAUGA